CUCUCUCUCUCUCUCUCUCUCUCUCUCCGAGACCCCAAAAACCAAAAAUGGCUCCCCGUCUCUUCCUCCUCAUCGCCGUGUUUUCCCUCACCCUCUUCUCCGUCUCGGUCAGGUCCUCCGACUCGGACCUUGUAUCAGAACUCCUGGCCCUCCAGUCCGACUCCAAAUCGGGCGUUAUCCACCUCGACGACCACUCCGUCUCGCGCUUCCUGACCUCGCCCAAGACCCCCAGGCCCUACUCCCUGUUCGUCUUCUUCGACGUGGCCCAACUCCACGACAAGGCCGAGCUCCAGCUGAAGACCCUCCAUGCCGAGUUCUCGCUCCUCGCCAAAUCCUUCAUCACAAACAACCAAGACCCCGAUUCCUCCUCCCACGGCAAGCUCUUCUUCUGCGAUCUUGAGUUCAAGGAGUCCCAGUCCACCUUCGCGCUCUUCGGCGUCAAUUCCCUCCCUCACAUCAGCCUCAUCGGCCCGAAUCAGACCCCGAAACAGUCCGAUCAGAUGGACCAGGGAGACUUCUCCAGGAUUGCCGAGUCGAUGUCCCAUUUCGUCGAGUCCAAGACCAAUCUCGUCGUCGGCCCGAUCCACCGCCCACCGUUUCUCUCGAAGAAGCAAUUGGCGUUGGUCAUUGUGGGUAUUCUCAUUUGGAUUCCAUUUGCUGUGAAGAAGAUUGUGAUGGGUGAGACUCCGCUCCACGACCCGAAACUCUGGCUGGUGGGUUCGGUGUUCGUCUACUUCUUCAGCGUCUCGGGCGCGAUGCACAACAUCAUUCGGAAGAUGCCCAUGUUCCUGGCGGACCGGAACGUCCCGAACAAGCUGGUAUUCUUUUACCAGGGCUCGGGAGUGCAGCUCGGGGCGGAGGGGUUCGCGGUCGGGUUCUUGUACACGAUUGUGGGUCUGUUGCUGGCGUUCAUGACGCGUGUGCUCGUGAAGGUGAAGAAUGUGAACGUGCAGAUGGCGGUGAUGAUUGUUUCGCUGUUCGUUUCGUUUUGGGCGGUCAAGAAGGUGGUCUAUUUGGAUAAUUGGAAGACUGGUUAUGGGAUCCACGGAUUUUGGCCUCCAAGUUGGUAAUAAGCUACAAAAAGGCUUGUUGCAGGGAGGAGGAUUGAAGAAGCCGUCAGGGUGUUGAUUACAUGAGAAGAAUGAAUUUGGUGAGCAGUGCAAGUUUUACAAGCAUGAUUCGUGGGCUUUGUCGCGUAAAGGAACUCAGAAAAGCCAUGAAAAUUCAUGACGAGAUGUUGAGCAUGGGGCUUAAACCUGAUCAAGCAACAUAUAAGCGGUUGAUUUUUGGGUUUAAGUAACAGAUUGUUGUGUUUGACAAGAGUCCAUUUUGGCUUUAACCAUCUCUUGUAAAUUGGCCGGCAUGAUCAGGCCAUGUACUGCACCUUUUGAUGCGCGAUACAAAGAAGCUCUA